GCGUUUCAUGCUUGCGGUCUUGACGUGUUAUCAAGCGUGCGAUGUUACACAAGGAGUGGUUCCUAUGCUCCAAUUUGCCAUGUGACCGUUUCGGAAUUUAUCCGUCGGCGUCCAGCAUUCUGUAGGAUGUCCAAACUUUGAGGGCUUACCAUGAGAUGACUUACGUUAACUCCUCAAGGCAAAAAAUAGUCAGAAACAGACAGCAGUCACUGAAAAGCGAAAAUGCAGGUUCGAAACUGGGGUUCGCUGAGGCUGUUUUCAGGUUCAUUCGAGGGUAACCAGGCGAGAAAAUGAGAUUUAAAACUUGAGUCACUUAUAACGUUCGAAUGAAGUACCAGCGCACACAUUAUUUCAACUCAAUUGUGAAGAAUAAGGGAGAAGGUUACACAAGGGCUGAUAUGACCCGACUGCCGUUCGCCUAUCUGUUGCUUUGCUUGGCCAUCGUCGCAUGCGCACAGCAAGCAGAACGGACGACCGGAAGUGACGUCACAGACGAGGAACCUCACCCAUAUACUAUUUCGUUCUUCCUGUUUCCACAUCACGAGACUGUUGAACUGUCAGGCGGGAAAGGGAAAGUCACGAAUGUCACUCAACAUGAUAAAUCAAAUGACCUGACUAAAGCAAAAGGGAAAAAUCCCUCUGGUGAUCUCGCUCAGGAGGAUGAUCCGGACAUAUCUUACCAGCAUGGUAGCGUGAAACACCCCGCCCAUGAAAUGUAUCCCAUGUGUCAUCACUGUCCGAUGAAUUCCACAUACGACGAAUGUACGCAUAAACGCACGCUCAAGAAAUGUGAUGAUGGUCUUUCUAAUAUCUGCUUUACAAAGAGUACAAAGCGAAACAAUAUAGUUCAUUAUCAUAUGGGUUGUGCCAACCACAAGCAAUGUCAGAGAGCUCGUGCUAAACCAUGCAAAGUUCACGAGAAACGCUGCUUCACUUGCUGCCAAUGGAGCGGAUGCAAUUCAAUGUCUCACCAUGGAGACACAACUGCUCUUUCAUUCUGGAAUGCAGGUUGCGUGAUUACUAUCGACUGGGUUACCCUGGGUAUCAGCUUGGUGACCUUUGGUGUAGUUUAUUUCAUUUAAAGAGGACAACCUUCAACAGUAACAUGUACAUAGAGUUUGGCCGACUCAGUCUAACAAUACAAGUGGACUUUGGUUGUAUUCUUGAGAUUUUAAGGACUUCAUUUGACCAUGCUUACCCUCAGGCAGCGACAAUAUCUCUUACCUUUUCAUACUGACCGGAUGGAACUUAAGAAUGUCUUUAAAAAGCUGUUGUAAUAUACCUUUUUGACCGUAAAUAAUGUGGGAGCGGACAUAUUUUGUGAAACAAACCCCGAGCAGUUUAUUAGGGAGUGGUUUUUCUAAGUGUCCUUGAAGCAUUCAUUGUUUUCUCGGAACGUGCAAACGCCAAGAUUUACAUAGAAUUGUCACAGGAAGAUUCACUUUACAAUUUCUGAGGCUCUAGUAAAUCGGGCGAAUGAUAAACUGAAGCUUAACAGUGUCUUUCCUUGCCGAUAAUUUUUGUUGUUCAUCGAGUGUUUAGCAGGUCUGUGAGUAUUCAGGUAUGUGAACAAUUUCUUAGGCAUUAACGGGCUUCAGCUCUUUACUGGAAAACCUUAGUCAGUUAUACUCAGCAACAAACAGAGCCGAAGUUGUUUGGUGUAUGAAUCUAAUCAUAACAGCAUUAAAGCACAUGCCUCUUUGUUCAGUUCCUGAAUAAGAAAAGCCUCAGUGGCUGAGCGAAUAAAGUGAAUAACAACUGGCACAGAGA